UUAAUCAUGGUCUAUGUUGAGAAUUUCUUCCUGGAAAAAUAAUUUUGUAGCUCUGCUGUAGGCCAAAUUCACAUUCAUUUCUAUUAGUAGCAUGCCAUAGGAUGUUGGUUUCCAUUAUUUAUAUUCUAUUGAGACAAAUUCUAUCAUGAGUCACGAUUUUCCAACAACCUUUACUUUGGCCUAGGAGAAAAUGAUCCUGAAAGAUGAUCUAGGUAGUUUUAAUAGCUCUUUCUGAACCUCAGAUGUAACAGAAUGACUUUCUAGAUUAAAAGAAAUGCCCAUCAAAGUACAUAUGGGUAGAUAAUCAAUGGAUGGAGGCAGAUAAUCAUAUGGAAACAUUUACUCUUUAUCUUUGCUAUAGCUCUUUUAAAUAAACUGAUUAAUUCCUUUCAUGAUUUCACCCUUGAAACCACAAACUAUUUUGUUCUUUGUCAUUGUUGCAUGGCAUUCCAUUUGGCAGUCAGCUUAUUUUUAGCCAGACUAUCAAAGUAUUUUUCAACUGGACUGUCACUGCACUUAAACUUGGAAUCUUGCAACCUGAGGAACUGCGCUGGGGAAAAGAAGAAACUUCUAACAAAUGGGAAAUUAUAAAUCCAGACCAACGCAAACUUGUACUGAUGAAUGGAAGAAGAAAGUCAGUGAAUCUUAUGUUAUUGUAAUAGAAAGAUUAGAAGAUGACCUGCAGAUCAAAGAAAAAGAACUUACAGAACUGAGGCAUAUAUUUGGCUCUGAUGAUGCCUUCAGUAAAGUCAAUUUAAAUUACCGCACAGAAAAUGGUCUAUCUCUACUUCAUUUAUGUUGCAUUUGUGGAGGCAACAAGUCACAUAUUAGAACCCUCAUGUUAAAAGGUCUCCGCCCAUCUCGACUGACAAGAAAUGGAUUUACAGCCUUGCAUUUGGCAGUUUACAAGGAUAGUGUGGAAUUGAUCACUUCUCUGCUUCACAGUGGAGCUGAUAUACAGCAGGUUGGGUAUGGUGGCCUCACUGCCCUGCAUAUUGCUACAAUUGCUGGUAACCUAGAGGCUGCUGAUGUGCUUCUGCAACAUGGAGCUAAUGUCAAUGUUCAAGAUGCAGUUUUUUUCACUCCCCUGCACAUUGCAGCAUGCUAUGGGCACGAACAGGUAACUCGCCUCCUUUUGAAAUUUGGUGCUGAUGUAAACGUAAGUGGUGAAGUUGGAGAUAGGCCCCUCCACCUAGCAUCUGCAAAAGGAUUCUUUAAUAUUGUGAAACUCUUGGUGGAAGAAGGCAGCAAAGCAGAUGUAAAUGCUCAGGACAAUGAAGAUCACGUUCCACUCCAUUUCUGUUCUCGCUUUGGACAUCACGAUAUAGUGAAGUACCUGCUCCAGAGUGAUUUAGAAGUUCAGCCACAUGUUGUCAAUAUCUAUGGAGACACCCCUUUGCACCUGGCAUGCUACAAUGGCAAAUUUGAAGUUGCCAAGGAAAUCAUUCAAAUAUCAGGAAUAGAAAGUCUGACUAAAGAAAACAUCUUCAGUGAAACAGCUUUUCACAGUGCUUGUACUUACGGCAAGAGCAUUGACCUGGUUAAAUUUCUUCUUGAUCAGAAUGUCAUAAGCAUCAACCACCAAGGAAGGGACGGGCACACAGGGUUGCACUCUGCUUGCUACCAUGGUCACAUUCGCCUGGUUCAGUUCUUACUGGAUAAUGGAGCUGAUAUGAAUCUGGUAGCUUGUGAUCCAAGCAGGUCUAGUGGUGAAAAAGAUGAGCAGACGUGUUUGAUGUGGGCUUAUGAAAAAGGACAUGAUGCAAUUGUCACACUGCUGAAACAUUAUAAGAGACCUCAGGAUGAAUUGCCCUGUAAUGAAUAUUCUCAGCCUGGAGGAGAUGGCUCCUAUGUGUCUGUUCCAUCUCCUUUGGGGAAGAUUAAAAGCAUGACAAAAGAGAAGGCAGAUGUUCUCCUCUUAAGGGCUGGCUUGCCUUCACAUUUCCAUCUUCAGCUCUCAGAAAUUGAGUUCCAUGAGAUUAUCGGCUCAGGUUCCUUUGGGAAAGUGUAUAAAGGACGAUGCAGAAAUAAAAUAGUGGCUAUAAAACGUUACCGAGCCAACACCUACUGCUCCAAGUCGGAUGUGGAUAUGUUUUGCCGAGAGGUGUCCAUCCUCUGCCGGCUGAAUCACCCGUGUGUCGUUCAGUUUGUGGGUGCUUGCUUGAAUGACCCCAGCCAGUUCGCCAUUGUUACGCAGUACAUAUCCGGGGGUUCCCUGUUCUCCCUGCUCCAUGAACAGAAGCGGAUACUUGAUUUGCAGUCAAAAUUAAUCAUUGCAGUGGAUGUUGCCAAAGGUAUGGAGUACCUUCACAACUUGAGACAGCCAAUUAUUCACCGUGACUUAAACAGUCACAAUAUUCUUCUCUAUGAGGAUGGGCAUGCUGUGGUGGCAGAUUUUGGAGAAUCAAGAUUUCUGCAGUCUCUGGAUGAAGACAACAUGACAAAACAACCUGGGAACCUCCGCUGGAUGGCUCCUGAGGUGUUCACACAGUGUACACGCUACACAAUCAAGGCGGACGUCUUCAGCUAUGCGCUGUGUCUGUGGGAACUUCUCACGGGAGAAAUUCCCUUCGCUCAUCUCAAGCCAGCGGCUGCGGCAGCAGACAUGGCUUACCACCACAUCAGACCUCCCAUCGGCUAUUCCAUCCCGAAGCCCAUAGCAUCUCUGCUGAUGCGAGGGUGGAAUGCAUGUCCCGAAGGAAGACCUGAAUUUUCUGAAGUUGUUAGCAAGUUAGAAGAGUGUCUCUGCAACAUCGAGCUGAUGUCUCCUGCUUCAAGUAACAGCAGCGGGUCUCUCUCACCUUCCUCUUCUUCUGAUUGUCUGGUGAACCGCGGAGGGCCUGGCCGGAGCCAUGUGGCAGCUUUACGAAGUCGUUUUGAACUGGAAUAUGCUCUAAAUGCAAGGUCCUAUGCUGCCUGGUCGCAAAGUGCUGGACAAUGUUCCACUCAAGGCCUGUCUUUGGAUGACAUGAAGAAAAGUCUUCAGUUCUCAACCAUUGACAAAUAUGGCUACGUGUCUGAUCCCAUGAGCCCGAUGCAUUUUCAUUCUUGCCGGAAUAGUGGCAGCUUUGAGGAUAGCAGCUGA